AUGACUUCUUCCCAUUUUUUCUUUCAUUCCCUUUCUUUAUUGAUAAUAAUAAAUAAGGUUUCUCAAGUUCAUGCUAUUGGUUCAGUGUUUAAUGUUCAAGAUUUUGGUGCUAGUCCUGAUGGGAAGACUGAUAGUAGUCAGGCAUUUUUGAAGACAUGGAACCAAACAUGUCAAAACAAUGGAGGAGGCACAAUCCUUAUUCCAACAGGAACUUUUUUGUUGAAUACAUUAACAUUUAAUGGGCCAUGCAAAGGCCCAAUCUUUUUUAACAUUAAUGGACUUUUGAAAGCUCCUUUGGGUAAAUGCAAAGAUGACUAUUGGAUAUUAUUUCAACAUAUUGAUGGGCUGACUAUUAAUGGAGAAGGUUCUUUAGAUGGUCAAGGCCCAUCUGCAUGGUCCUUAUAUAACGCCAACGGCCCAAAUCCUCCUUCGUCUAUAAAAUUCAACGGCAUGAGCAAUGCUUUAAUACAAGGCAUAACAUCAAUCAACAGCAAGUUCUUCCACUUCCAAAUUAAUAAAAGUAAAGGAGUUCAUUUUCAGAACCUGAGCAUAACAGCACCGGACGAAAGCCCAAAUACUGACGGGAUUCAUAUAGGCGACUCCAACGAUAUAAUUAUUAACAAAGUAAAUAUUUCAACAGGAGAUGAUUGUGUUUCUAUUGGGCCUGGUACUUCUAAUGUUCACAUUUCUGAGGUUAAUUGUGGGCCUGGACAUGGCAUUAGCAUUGGAAGUUUAGGAAAAUACCAAAAUGAAGGUGAUGUGAAUGGAGUUAUUGUGACAAAUUGUAAUAUUGGGAAAACUCAAAAUGGACUAAGGAUAAAGAGUUGGGCACCUUCACCUCCUAGCAAAGUUUUCAAUGUCACUUUUGAUAAUAUUAAAAUGAAUUAUGUUGAAAAUCCUAUCAUCAUUGAUCAACAUUAUUGUCCUCACUCAUCUUGUAAAAAUCAGGGUGAUUCACAAGUGCAGAUUUCAGAUGUAAAAUUCAUAAAUAUAAAAGGAAUUUCAGCUUCAAAAGAGGGAGUAGUGCUUGAUUGUAGCAAAAGUGUACCAUGUCAAGGGAUUGAGCUAAGGGGUUUGGAAUUAACUUUGAAUGGCCAACAGACCACUACUGCAACUUGUUCAAAUGCAAAUAUGAAAUUUUUUGGACCACAAACUCCUUCUGAAUGUACUUGA